GGCGCCUCCUGCGCCCCCCUCCCCUGGCCCCUGGCUUGGAAGGGCGGCUGUGCCCCUGGGAAAGUUCCCGAGACAGGCCAAGGGCUGCAACAAAGUUAGGAGCCUCUCUCUCCAGGGUGGAACCUGGGGUUGCUCUUCCAGGGAGAGAACUGCCCCAGGAGGCGGAGGUGGGGUCAGCGUCAGCCCCAGGCUGAGGACUAGGAGCUGUCCUAACUGACCUCUUAGAACGGGGGAGCCCCCCACACACUCCAGCAGCAUGGAUGCCCCCCGGAGAGACAUGGAAUUGCUCAGCAACAGCUUGGCGGCCUACGCGCACAUCCGUGGUGAACCCGAGAGCUUUGGCCUCUACUUCGUGCUGGGCGUCUGCUUUGGCCUGCUGCUAACCCUGUGCCUACUGGUCAUCACCAUCUCCUGCGCGCCCCACCCAAGGCCCCGGGGUCCUGCCUCUCGAAGGGACCCCCGCAGCAGCACACUGGAGCCCGAGGAUGACGACGAGGAGGAGGAGGAGGACACGGUGACGCGGCUGGGCCCAGAAGACAUGCUACAGAGCCCGGAGCUUUCCACCGAACCCGAUGGGCCUCUCAGUGUCAACGUCUUCACUUCUGCGGAGGAGCUGGAGCGGGCACAGCGGCUAGAGGAGCGGGAACGGAUCCUGCGGGAGAUCUGGCGCACCGGGCAGCCUGAUCUGCUGGGUACUGGCACCCUUGGGCCCAGCCCUUCUGCCACAGGAACCCUGGGCCGCAUGCACUAUUACUGACUGGCACCCACUCCCACUGCAAGACACUGUGGGUACUGGACAUGCACUUGAGCUCAGAGCUGCCCCAGGACCUUUCUACUGCUCCUGUGCACGGUGCUAUAAAGGCCCCACUCCCGCGGCUUCCCCCCAGUGCUGUUGGGCUUGGAUCCCCACCCCCUGGGAGGCACCCUUCAUCCAUUCCUGCCAGAAGGCCCUGGGGGGAGGGAAGGAAGCAAGGGCCCCAUCCUCUCUCUGGGGGAUCUUUAAGAGGUGAAGUGACCAAUGAAAGCUAUAUUCACAGUGACUCAGUUUCCCUCUGUUACCUCUGCCCCUAAAGUCUUGUCAUGCAGGGGAUCCCUGGUCUGAGACCUCCCCCUACACUCCUUUACCAGGGUGACCACCUUCAGCCCCUCACCUGACUUCUCAGGACACAAGCUUGUGUUCACUUCACAGAGGGCAAAACACCCCCCCACACCCAAACUCUACCACCUCACCAGUCUCUCAGAGUACAGUACCACGUGCAGCCUUACAAAUGCGUUCCUGCCUGUCAGCCGCCUGGGCAGGCACGCGUCACCCCUGUCCCUACAAAUGCCCUGGGCUCAGGCCUCACGCAAUUACACACCAGGCUGCAGGACCCUGACCUUGACGCGGAGGCACCAUUAGUCCUAGUGCAAUGGUGUGUGCGUCUGAACAGAGGUGCGUUGCUGUGAGUCCUGGGUGGAGAGAGGACAGAACUGGGAGGGGUCCCAGCGCCAGGCCCCUCCCCAGCGCACAGCUGGAUUCCGGAAUGAACCUCGGGUAAACUAGCCAGGGCCCCAGCGGCCAGUUAUUGCUCCAGUGAGGCUGGCGUCCCAAGGAGACACUGCCUCCCUCUCCCACAAGCCCUGCCCCCCAUCCGGUGGAUAAAAAUAGCAGUGCUCAGGCCUUGG